GUACCAAGAGGGAUUUCCCAGCUGGCCUGGCACACCAGUGCCUGCACGAGUUCGGGUCUGUUGUUUCGCACGGUUUGUGUGCCUUUUUUUCCCUUUAUGCAAUCUCUUUCAGCUUUAGCAGCAGAAAUACAUCAGAUGGAAAAGAUAUGCCAGAGGGCAGCUUGGAAAAGAUGAAUGUCAUAUAUAUACAUAUAUAUGUAUGUGCGUGUGUUUAAAUUUCUGCAACUGAACUUUUGAAGAAAAUCUGACUGGAGGAAAUCUUAAAAGCCUUAAGUUACUUGAAACCUACACAUUUGCAACUCUUUGUCUCUGGAAUUGCAUUACGCUAAACUGGAAUCUCAGGCUGUAUAAAGAUUAUAUCAAGUUGAGCAAAAAGAUGACUUAACCAUUUCUUGAGCGCCUCUUACGAAGUAGCUGUUUCUCCAAAGGAUAAGUGCACCCUCACUCUACAGACUCAAAAACAAAAAUGAACCUGAAUUUUUUUUUAAGUGUUACUUUUUCUUAGCCAACUGCCAUCAUCUUUUAUAGAGGAAUUUUUCACUAUGCAUUUGGUGGAUAUUUAUAAACACUGACCCCAUCCUCCUCCCUUUCAAUGAUCUAUCCCAGGUCAGUCUUAUCAAUAAAAAAAAAAAAAAAUUGAUUUAAAUUUUGUGCACUAGACAUAUUACUUUCUUAUGUCAAAAAAUAAAAUAUUUAAAAAGCAUGUAUGCAGCAGUGGAACAUGGGCCUGUUCUUUGCAGCGAUUCCAACAUCCUCUGCCUCUCCUGGAAAGGGAGAGUCCCCAAAAGUGAGAAGGAGAAACCGGUGUGCAGGAGGCGGUACUAUGAGGAAGGCUGGUUGGCAACAGGCAAUGGCAGAGGAGUUGUAGGCGUCACUUUUACUUCCAGCCAUUGCAGGAGGGACCGGAACACCCCUCAGAGAAUCAACUUCAAUUUGAGGGGCCACAACAGCGAGGUUGUGCUGGUGAGAUGGAACGAACCAUUCCAGAAAUUAGCAACCUGCGAUGCAGAUGGAGGAAUAUUUGUUUGGAUACAAUACGAAGGCAGAUGGUCUGUGGAGCUUGUGAAUGAUCGGGGGGCACAGGUAAGCGACUUUACGUGGAGCCAUGAUGGGACUCAAGCACUUAUCUCCUAUAGAGAUGGAUUUGUGCUGGUCGGUUCAGUCAGUGGACAAAGACACUGGUCUUCAGAAAUAAACUUGGAGAGUCAGAUCACCUGUGGCAUAUGGACUCCAGAUGACCAACAGGUACUGUUUGGCACUGCUGAUGGACAGGUUAUCGUCAUGGACUGCCAUGGCCGAAUGCUGGCCCACGUGCUCCUUCAUGAGUCAGAUGGCAUCCUCAGCAUGUCCUGGAACUACCCCAGCUUCCUGGUGGAGGACAGCAGCGAGAGCGACACGGACUCCGACGACUAUUCCCCACCGCAAGAUGGACCAGCUGCGUAUCCAGUCCCGGUGCAGAACACCAAGCCACUACUUACUGUCAGCUUCACAUCAGGAGACAUCAGUUUAAUGAACAAUUAUGACGACUUGUCUCCUACUAUCAUCCGCUCAGGGUUGAAAGAUGUGGUGGUACAGUGGUGUACACAAGGGGACCUACUUGCAGUAGCAGGCAUGGAGAAGCAAAGCCAGCUAGUUGACCUCGGCAAUGGUUCCCUGUUGAAAAGCGCACUUGUCAAGUUCUACAAUGUGCGCGGGGAACACAUCUACACUCUGGAGACACCUGUGCAGCGUCCUAUCAUCUCGAUCUGUUGGGGUCACAGGGAUUCGCGCCUGCUGAUGGCUUCUGGACCCGCAUUGUACGUUGUCAGAGUUGAGCACAGGGUCUCCAGUCUGCAGCUGCUGUGCCAGCAGACCAUCGCUAGCUGUCUGCGGGAUGACAAGGAUAUCAGCAAACUGACCCUGCCCCCUCGGCUCUGCUCGUACCUCACCACUGCCUUUAUACCAACAAUCAAGCCUCCUAUCCCAGACCCAAACAAUAUGAGAGAUUUUGUCAGCUACCCAACAGCUGGUAAUGAACGGCUUCACUGCACAAUGAAGCGGACAGAAGAUGACCCAGAGGUCGGUGGUCCAUGUUAUACUCUGUACCUGGAAUACCUUGGGGGACUGGUGCCUAUCCUGAAAGGACGUCGUAUCAGCAAGUUGCGGCCAGAGUUUGUCAUCAUGGAUCCUAAAACAGAUGGAAAAGCAGAUGAAAUCUAUGGAAACAGCUUGAUUUCCACUGUGAUUGACAGCUGCUUUUAAUACUGUCUUGACACCUCAUAAAAUACAAGCAAACUCCUUUGGGCAGAUAGGAGUCUUCUGGAGGAGUGGGGUCCUCUACAGUGUCAAAAGGUAAUGGGAAACAAUAGGGCACCACUUCUCCCCAGAAUCAAUAUAGAAGCUCGCAAAUCUCCAAAGAUGUCACGAGCUGCACAGGAGAUAUCAAGAUCGCCAAGGUUACCAAUAAGGAAACCUUCUAUUGGUUCGCCAAGCCUAACCCGAAGAGAGUUUCCUUUAGAAGAUAUUACUCAGCACAACUACCUUGCUCAGGUCACAUCUAAUAUCUGGGGAACGAAAUUUAAAAUUGUGGGUUUGGCUGCUUUCCUACCAACUAACCUUGGUGCAGUAAUAUAUAAAACCAGUUUGCUGCAUCUUCAGCCCAGGCAGAUGACAAUAUAUCUCCCAGAAGUGCGAAAAAUUUCAAUGGACUACAUUAACCUGCCUGUCUUUAAUCCAAAUGUUUUCAGUGAAGACGAAGAUGAUUUACCAGUGCCUGGCGCCCCCGGUGCCCCCGCCAGCAGCCCGCCGUGCACCGUCAACAUCCCCAUCGCCCCCAUCCACAGCUCAGCCCAGGCCAUGUCGCCCACGCAGAGCAUCGGCCUGGUCCAGUCGCUGCUGGCCAAUCAGAACGUGCAGCUGGACGUGCUGGCCAAUCCACCGGCGGAAGCGGGGGCGGGGCACUACCAGACGCCCUUGGGGUACGAGCGGAUAACAACCUUUGACAGCAGCGGGAAUGUGGAGGAGGUAUGCCGGCCUCGCACUAGGAUGCUCUGUGCCCAGAGCACCUACACCCUGCCGGGGCCCGGCAGCUCCGCCACCUUGCGCAUCACCGCCGCUGAGAAGAAGAUGCAGCAGCCCUGCACCAGCGCCACUUUGAACCGGCUCACGGUCCCUCGUUACUCCAUCCCAACUGGGGACCCGCCACCCUACCCCGACAUCGCCAGCCAGCUGUCCCAGGGCAGAGGCAUCACACAGAGACUGGACAGCAGUAUCAUUCAUGCAACUCUGCGGAGGAACAGCAGAGAGGCAGCCCUGAAAAUGGCUCAGCUGGUGGACAGUCAGAGAGCCACCUUGCAACUUCCGCCAAAGGCCAAGAGCAGCAUUGUGACAGCACAGUACCAGCAGAGAGUACCCACUGCCUUGUACACCUGCAGCCAAUGCAGCAGCAGUAGCAGCAACAGCAACGCGAGCGCUGGUGGCCUGGGCAGCAUCACUAGUCCCAAUGCUAGUAGCAGCACUUCCAGUAUUGGUGGCAUGAGACCUGAUCUGAGCACAGGGAGUGGCUCCCAGCACAGCUCCGUCAUCGCUCACUCUGUCAGUACUUCGCCUCUGGCCUCCCAGUCCUCCUACAGCUUACUGAGCCCACCUGACAAUUCCCGUGACCGAGCGGAUUAUAUCAACUCCGCCUUCACGGAGGAUGAGGGCCUUUCUCAGCACUGCACGGUGGAGAAAUCAAUACGACAUGUACCUGUGUCUUUGACAGAGGCUGCCCUUGGUGUAAAACGUCCACCACCGUACCAGUGGGACCCUAUGGUGAGCGAAGAGAUAUGGGUUCCUCAGGAAAGGACAUCUCAGAGCUCAGUGCCCAACCCUCUAAAACCUACUCCUCUCAUAAUUGGUCAAGCUCAACAUCUGGAUAUGUCUCGAGUGCCGUUUGUUUCCCCCAAGUCUCCAACCAGUCCCACUGCCACUUUCCAGACGAGUUAUGGGGUUGGAGUACCUUACCCAGGAAGCUACAAUGCCCCUCCCGUUCAGGGAAUGCAGCCCCCCUGCUCCCCCAAAGAAGCUCUGGCCCCAACGCAGUUUGCACAGCAGGAGCCCACAGUUGUGCUUCAGCCAGGUUAUCCAUCCAACCUCUCCUAUUGCCCUUUGCCACCCAUGUACCCGGGAAGUAGCGCCUGCUCUAGUUUACAGCUGCCACCAAUCGCCUUGCACCCGUGGAGCUCCUACAGCACUUGUCCACCCGUACAGAACCCCCAGGGCACAUUGCCCCCCAAGCCGCUCCUUGUCGUGGAGAAGCCGGUGAUGUCUCCCCCGCCAGCAGAGCUGCAGGGCCAUGUGGGCACAGAGGUAAUGGUGGAGACAGCAGAUACCUUCCAGGAGGUGCUCUCCUUGACGGAAAGCCCUGUUCCUCAAAGGACAGACAAAUUCGGCAAGAAGAGCCGCAAGCGCCUGGACAGUCGAGCUGAGGAAGGAAACGUGCAGGCUAUCACCGAGGGCAAGGUCAAAAAGGAGGCAAGGACGCUGACUGACUUCAAUUCACUAAUAUCCAGCCCUCGGCUGGGGAGGGAGAAGAAGAAAGUCAAGAGCCAGAAAGACCAGCUGAAGUCCAAGAAGCUGAACAAGACCAAUGAAUUUCAGGACAGUUCGGAGAGUGAGCCAGAGCUUUUUAUCAGCGGGGAUGAGCUGAUGAACCAGAGCCAGGGCAGCAAAAAGGGUUGGAAAACCAAAAGGAGUUUGAGGACAGCCAGCGAGCUGGAUGAAUUCAAGUGCCGGAAGGCCAGUGAGAAGGAGGACGGGAGGCUGGGGAGCCAGGGCUUUGUGUACGUGAUGGCCAACAAGCAGCCGCUGUGGAACGAGGCGACACAAGUCUACCAGCUGGACUUUGGAGGGCGGGUGACCCAGGAGUCAGCAAAAAACUUCCAGAUUGAGCUGGAAGGACGACAGGUGAUGCAGUUUGGGAGGAUUGAUGGCAAUGCUUACAUUUUGGACUUUCAGUAUCCAUUUUCUGCAGUGCAAGCCUUUGCUGUUGCUCUGGCUAAUGUGACUCAGCGCCUCAAAUGAACAAGCAGAGACUGGAGAGAGGAAAAUGUUACCCUUCUCAUAAAGUCCAAACCAGAAAAUGUCGGGGCAGCCUGCUUUAGGUGUGCAGAGGUGCCUGGGAGCGAAGAAGGCAGUAAAACUGGAAAAGUCUCUUGGUGCCCAACAGAAGGGCAUUAACUCUAAUCAGUCAUGGGGUGGAGGG